AUGAAAUCUAUGCAGUUAACACCAAAGCCACAAUUGGGAGAUGUCAAAUCUAUGGUGUUAACUGCUGGGCCACAGGUGCGAGGCGUGCAACCAGUGGAGCUGACCCCAGGCUCAAAACUGAAAGGUUCAAAAUCUGAGUUGGUGAUCUCAGCAUCAGAGCUCAAGGAUGUGAAAUAUGUGGCCUUGACACCAGAACAAUGUCUAAGAGGUGUGAAAUCUUCAUUGCUAACCCCUAGUCCACAGCUGGAAGGUGAGAAAUCUGUGGAGAUACCCCCAGGGCCACAAAUAGAUAUCAAAUCCGUGAAAGUCACCCCAGAUUCCAAGCUUCAAGGUGUGCAAUCUAUUCAGCUGACUAUGCAUUCAAGCACUAAAGAAUUCAAAAGAGUGGAGUUGGUCCCAAGAACACAACUGCAAGAUGUGAAAGCUGUGGAAUUAAAACUUGGACCAAAGUUGCAAGAUGAGAAUUCUGUGCCUUAUGCACCAGGGCCAUUGCUCCAAGGGCCUCAAUUGCAAGGUGUGAAACCUGAGGACUUGACUUCAGAGUCACAAGUGCAAGACAUGACAUUUGUGGAGAUUACCUCAUGUUUAAAGCUUCCAAGUUUAAAAUUUGUAGAGGAGACUUCAGCUCCAGAGCUGCAAUGUGUAAAACUUGUGAAGUUGACACCAAGGCUAAAGAAGCAGGUAGUAAAGCCUAUGGAUGUAACCAGAAUACAAAAGUUUCAAAGAGUAAAAUCUGUGGCUUUACCUCCAAGGCCAGAACAGGUUGGUAAGAUAUCUGUAAUCUCACCAGAGCAGCAAUGUGUGAACUCAGAGCAAUUGGAGAGAGGGUCUAAGUCAGAAGAUGGGAUGUCUUUGGAGUUAAUGCCAGAGCUAAAAUUUAAAGAUGGAAAAUCAGUAGACUUCAAUGUUGAAUUACAGUUGAAAGGUAUGAAAUCAUUUGCAUUGACUCCAGAAUCAAAUACUCAAGGUGUAAAAUCGAAAGAGUUUAAACCAGAACCACAGUUGCAAAGCAUAAAAUCUCCCAAGUUAACUGCAGGACCACAUUUGCACCAAGUAAAACCCUCAGUGUCAACUUUAGGACCACAGCUUCAAGGGGUGAAAACUGUUGAGUUAACACAAGAGCCCCAGCUUGAAAGUAUGAGAUGUAUUCAGUGGAUACCAGGACCUGAGUUCCAGGGUGUGAAAUCUAUAGGGUUAAAUCUUGGGUCACUACUGCAAAGUGUCAAAUCUGCAGAGUUGAAAUCUUUCAGACAGUCAAGAGAUGCGAAGUCAUCUAAAUUGACUCUAGGGCCCAAAAUUCAAGGUGCAACAUACAUGGACUUCAGUCUUGGGCCACAGUUGCAGAGUGUGAAAACCCCUGAGUUGCCGCCAGGACCACAACUGCAAAAAGGGAAAUUAUUGGCAUCAACAUCAGAGCCACAGCUUAGAAGUGUGAAAUAUGUUCAGUGGAUGCCUGCACCAGAGAUUCAAUGUGUGAAAUCUCUGCUAAAUCUUGGGUCCCAAUCUCAAUGUGUCACACCAGCAGAGUUAAAACUUUUGGUACAGUUAAGAGAUAUGAAGUCAUCUCCACUGACUCAAAAUCCAGAGCUCCAAGCAUCACUCCAGAAACAUCAGCCUGAAAGUUGUGAUAUGAAACUCUGUCUACAGUGUAGAAGUAUGAAAUCAUGUGACCUGACUUCGAGGUUUAAAUCUAGGCUUCACUUACAUGAUGAGAAAUCUCCUAAAUUGACCCCAGGACCACAGCUUCAAGAAGUGAAACCCUUACAGUCAUCCCCAGGAACCCAGCUUCAAGGUGUAAACUUUGUAGUGCUUACACAAGAACCACAGCUUCCUGAGGUGAAAUCCAGGGUAUUAAGCCAAGGGUCACAAUUACAAAGUAAUAAAACUGUAGAAUUGAACUCCCUACUAUACUUGAAAAGUAUGAAGUCCUCUGAAUUUGCUCUUCAGACAAAGCGUCAAGGAGUGAAAUCUGAGGAUUUCAACUCUGGUUCACAGUGGCAAGGUAUAAAAUCUUCUAAGUUGCCAUCUGAAAUAAAGUCCCAAGAUAUGAAAUUUACUGAGUCAAACCCCAGCUCACAGUUGCAAGGUAUAACAUUUUCUAAAUUGACUGUAGGGACAAAGAUUCAAGGUGUCAAAUCUAUAGAUUUCAACCCUGGGUCAUCGUUACAAUGUGUGAAAUCUUCAGAAGGGACCUCAGAGACGAAGCUUCAAGAUGUAAAACAGAAAGAAUUCAGCCCCAGUCCCGAGUUGGAAGUUGUGAAAUCAUCUGAGCUGAGACUGGGGACAAAGCUUCAAAAAAUGAAAUCAAUGGAAUUCAAGUCACAUCCACAGUUGCAAGAUAUGAAACCUUCUAGGUUGAUCAUGGGUAUGAAGCUUCAAGAUGUAAAAUCUAUGAAUUUCGGGUCUGGACCACACUUUCAGGGUGUGAAAUCUUCUGAAGUGAUCCCAAGGGAAAAAAUUCGAGGUGUGAAAUCUGUACAAUUGAAGCCUACUCCAAAGUUACAAAGUGAGAAAUCUGAUUUUACCCUGGGGAGAAAGAUUUCGGGUGUGAAAUCUGUAAAGUUGGACUCAGGUCCACAGUUACAAGACAUAAAAUGUUCUGACCUGAUUAUGGGUAUAAAGCUUCAAGAUGUAAAAUCUAAGGGGUCCAGUUCUAGACCACACAUUCAAGGUAUGAAGUCUUCUGAAAAGUCCCCAAGGACAAAGUUUCAAGAAAUAAAAUCAUUUUUCAACUCUGGACCACAGAUGCAAAGUAAAAAACCUGAGUCAAUUCAAGGGACAAAAGUUCAAGAUGUGAACCACUUAAGGUUCAACCAUGGUCCAAAGUUACAAGGUGGAAAAUCUUCUGACUUAACCCAGAGGAGGAAGCUUCAAGGUGUGAAAUCUAUGGAGUUCAACCCUACUGCAAAGUUGCAAGGUGCAAAGUCUCCUGAGCCAAUAAAACUUCAAAUAACGGACUCUACAGAAGUCAAUGAUGGCCCAAAAUUUCAGGUUGCAAAACCCUCUGAGUUGGCCUUGAAAUCAAAGGUUCACAGUAUUGUAUCUUCUGAGUUCAACGCUGGAAAGCAGGGGCAAGAUGAAAAAUCUUAUAAGUUGAAUCCAUGUCCAGAGCUUCAAAGUGUAAAAUUGAUGGUGUUCAAUCCUGGGCCACAUUUACAACAUACAAAAUCUUCAGAAGUAUGCAAAGGGUCAAAGCUUCAAGAUGUGAAAUCUACUGAAUUCAAUCCUGAGCAACAGUUGCAAGAGAUAAGAUCUGGGUUGAGCAUCAAGAUGAAGCUUCCAGAUGAGCAAUUUCUGGCAUUGAAGCAUGAGCCCAAGUUACAAGGUGGGAAAUCCUCUGAAAUGAAUCCAGGGCCACAACUUCAGUGUAUACAUUUUAUGGAAUACAACACUGAGCCACAGUUGCAGUGUGUAAAUUCUUCUGAGUUGAAUCCAGGGUCAAAGUCACAAUGUGUAGAUUCUCUAGGAAACAACUCUGGGCUGCCCUUGGAAGGUGUAAAAUCUUCUGAGUUAACUCUGGGGACAAAGUUUCCAAAAGUCCAAGUUUUAGAGAAUCACCUUGGGUCAGAGCAACAAGUUGGGCAAUCUGUUUUGGGCCCUCAGUUAAAUGGUACAAAGUCUGCAUUAUUUUUACCAGAGCCACUGCUUGAAGAUGUGAAGCCUGUGAAGAUGAACAAAGAGCCAUUGCUUUGUGUUGCAAAUUCUGUGAAACUGAUUUCAGGCUCUGAGCUGCAGGACUUGAAAUGUAAGGAGUUUGCACUAGAGUCAUGUUUUCAAAAAGAGAAAUCUGUGGAGUUCAAUCCAGGGCCACAACCUCAAGAUAUGAAUUCUAGGAAGUUGAUUUCUUGCCUCAGGCAGAAAUCUGAGGUGUUCAUACCAGAGCCAUCUUCUCAAGAUGUGGAAUCUAUGAAGUCAGAUCUAUUCUCACAACCUCAAAGUGUGAAUUCUUUAGGGUUGUCAUCAUGUCUCAGGACACAAUGUGUUAAAUCUGAGGUUUUUGCACCAGGGCGAUAUUUUCAAGAAGUAAAACCUGUAGAGUUGAUGUCGGGGUCCCAAAAGCAAGGCAUGAAUUGCCAAGAGUUGACUUCAGGAUGGCAAGGUGUAAAAUCAGUAGUGUUGGCACCAGAGCCAACUAAUAAGUUUAUAGCAGCACCAAUGCCGACUAAUGUCAAAUUUUCAAAUUUGUCUCCAGAAUCACAGCAACAAAAUGUGAAAUCUUUGGAGUUUACUCCAGAACCUAAGUUGCAAAAUAUAAAACACACAAAAUCAUCUUCAUCGUCUCUGCAGCAACCUAUAAAAUCUGUGGCGUUAGCACUAGGGUCACUGCUUCAAAGAGUGAAAUCUGAGGAGCUAACUCCAAGAAAAAGCUCUCAAAUCACACACUCCUCUGAGGUAGCCCCUAGUCCAGGGCAUCAGUUUGCAGAACAUGCAGAGAUGAUUCCAAAGCCAAGGCAUCGAGUCCCUAAAUCUGUGAAUUUGAUUUCAAAGCCAAUUUAUCAAGGCACGGAAUCUUCGGAAAUGGCACAAAGGUUGGCACAUCAAGGUACAGAAAUUGCAGAGAAAUCUAUGGGGUUGAUUCCAAAGCCAACAGGUAAAGCCAUGGGGUCAUCAGGGAUGCCUCUGGAGCUCUGGUACUCUCAAGUACCAGAAUUUGUUGAUCUGACUUCAGUGCUAAAGGAUCAAGACUCAGAAUCCUUAGAAUUAACCCCAGAGAAAAGCUAUCAAAUCCCAGAAACUCUGAAGUUGAUCUCUCAGUCGUGGCCUCAAGUUAAGGAUUCAGGGGAGUUACGUACAAGGCCACUGCAGCAAGUUGUGGAAUCUGAAGGGAUGGCCCCAGAGCCCAAGCAUCACAUUACAAAAACUAUGAGGUUGGCCUCCAAGACAAGGUUACGAAAAGAGGAAUUCAUUGAAAUGACCCCAAAGUCAAUAAGUAAAGCAGAGAUCUCUGCAGAGAGAUCUCCAAGGCCCUAUCCUCAAGUCCUAGAAUCUGUGGAGGUCAUUUCACAGAAAAGGCUGCAAAAGAAAGAAUCUGUAGCAUCGAUUACAAAGUCAUUAUAUCAUGUCCCAAAAUCUUCAGAGAUGACUCUAGGGCUAGGAUGUCAAGUUCCUGAAUCUGUGGAGUUGACUUCUAAGACAGUGUUGCAAGUGGGGGAAUCUAAGGAAUUGACCCCAAAGUCACGGCAUCAUGUAGGAUCAUCAGAGAUAAUAUUAGGGUUACGACAUCAAGACCCAGAAUCUGUGGGUUUGACCUUUAAGCAAUGGCUUCAAAGGGAGGAAUCAUUAGAGUUGCCUCCAAAGCAAACAGGACAAGUUGGGGGCCAUGCAGAAUCUGUAGAGCUCCCCUCUGAGAUAUGGCAGCAAGAGGAGGCAUCAACUGGGCUAACACAGUCUCAAAAUCAAAGUGUGAAAUAUGCAGACAGAGUCCCAGGACCACUGGGUCAAAUUACAGAAUUUAAGAGGAUUAGUCCAAAGCCACUAGAUCAGGCCACAGAAUCUAUAAAGAUACAGCUUCAAGUUGAUCAAUCAAUAGGGGUAACCCCAGUAGCCCCCCCCAAAGUUGAAGAUCCUGUGAAAGUGACUCCUGGGCCACCACUUCAAGUUGUAAAUUCUGUGAAAUUAAUAUCAGGGCCAACCUCUCAAAUGGCAGACUAUGUUGAGUUGACUCCAAAACUGCAAGAUGUGAGACCUUCAGAGUUUACCUCAGGGCUGUGGUUGCAAAAUGUGAAAUCUAAGAAAUUAAUCACAGAGCCAACACACCAAAUUUUGGAAGUAAUGGAGUUGGCAGGAUUUCAAAUUGUGAAGACUGUGUUGAUCCCAGAGCCAUUACUUCAAAUUGUAAAAUCUGAGGAAUUAGCACCAGGACCAAUUCCUCAGGUUGUAGAACCAAUAGGAGUAGCUCUAGGAUUGGGGCUUGCAGUAAUGGAUUGUUUGGAUUUACUCCCAAGGUCACAUCUUCAAGAACUGGUAAAACCUAUAGAAUUAACUGAAAGGCCAAAUACUGAAGUGAAAUCUGCAGAAUUAACCUUACAGCCAACAUCUCUAUUAGAGGACCCUAUGGUGUUGACUCAUGAUCAAGGGCUUCAGGCUGUGAAAUCUAUAGGGAUAAAAAUAGGAACUCCUGAAGUUCCCAUGGAAUUUGAAGAUUUGAAUCAAAGACAGAUCUAUCAGAAUAGGGAAUCUGAGGUGUUAACAUCAGGAGAAGAGUUACAAAUAAGGAGUUAUUUCUCUAGGUUUUUACACAAUUCUUCAAACUCAGUCAUCUCAAGCUCUGUCAAAACAACAUCUGAAUUAGGAGACCUUUGGAAUUCUGAGAUGACAGAGGUAUCAAGAGCCUUGGAUAUAAAAAACCUUUGGACAGAUAUUUUGCAGCCUGAGGAGUCCUUUGUAGUCCCUUCUAUGAUACAAUCUUCAACCUUUCCCUUGUCUUUCCACAAUCAACCCUCUAAUGAGACAGCUAACACUGUAGAGACCCCAUAUUCUGAGAUGCUAGGAGUGGAUGUCAUACCUAAGGAGAGGAAUCAGAGGAACCAGGUGGUGGACAAUUCACUCCAGGGGCUCUUCCAACAUCCACCACAAAGCUGGAGAUCAUCUAGGACCUUCCAGGUAGGAUCAGGGACUAGAAGAGGCCCUCCCUGGUCGGUCCUGGGCAGACAACAGAAUGUCUGCGAGUGUCACUCCUGGAGGCAGCGACUACCUAGACAAUAUCUCUCUAGUAUGCUAAUGCUGGGGAAUGUCUUGGGGACCAUGAUGGAAAGGAAGCUUUGUUCUCAAACAUCUGUAACGGAAAGAACCACUGCAGAUACCUGUCAAUCUAUUCAGAAUUUAUUUGGGGUUCCUGCUGAAUUGAUGGAAUUUUCCCAGAGACUGCUAGAGAAGGGUCAAGGUAUUAUUUCUCAGCCUUCAGUGGUCAAAAACUACAUUCAGAGACAUACUUCAUGCCAUGGUCAUGAGAAAAGAGUGGCCUUAAGGAUGUGGACACGUGGUUCCUUGUCCUCCAUAAUACAGCAAUAUUCUGGAAGAAGAGUGAGAAUAAAGAAAACAAGCUCAAACCUCAGUGAUAUAUCCUGUGAAGUCAUUCCGCACAUGCCUGUUUCAUGUACAAGGGGCCAGCUUCCUGCCCCAGUAAAGUCAGAGUCUUCCUUCAAUAUAUUUUUCACUAUGAAAGAUCCUGUUCCAGUGGAAGAGAAUGAGAACUCACAGAGUGAUUCACAGACAAGGAGUUUUGAGUCCCAGCACUCCUUCAAGUCAAGUCACCUUUCCCAGGCCAAGACUGACUUCUCAGAACAGUUCCAAUUGCUACAAAACCUGCAGUUAAAAAUAGCAGCAAAACUGUUAAGGAGUCAAAUGCCCCUCAAUGUACCUCCACCGCCAGCAUCAGGUCUGCUCCUAAAAUAUCCUAUCUGCUUACAGUGUGGCCGAUGUUCAGACCUUAAUUGCAGUCAUAAAUUACAGGCCACUUUGAGGCCUUAUCUUCUUAUCUUUCCACAGCUCCACCUUGUAAACACUCCUGAAGGCCAUGGAGAAAUUAGACUGCAUCUUGGCUUUAGGUUGCAAACUGGGAAAAGAUCCCAAGUACCAAAGUAUCCUAGAAGAGACAGACUUAUCACACCAAGGAGCCCUAUAUCACCAUCACUCCGGAAAGCUAAAAUCCGUACUCGAGCUUCCAAAAGUCCUACUUCUACAAUAGAUUUCCAGUCUGGGUCUUCCCAGUCCCUUGCUCCUGUACAAGUCCACAUUAGGCAAAAUCAAUGUGGCAGCCCUGACCUAGUAGGAAAGACAGAUAUUGGAGAUCCUGGGCACUACGAAUUCACCCAAGUUCACUCUCUAUCAGAGAGUGACUCGGAAAGCAAUCAGGAUGAAAAAUGGGCUACAAUGAGAAUCAAAAAGACCUGUGAUUCAAAAUAUCCAAUGAAAAGAAUCCCCAAGGGAAUUAGAACACAAAACAAAAAGUUCUACACCCAGAGUAGAACCAUAAAACAGAGCUCCUCUGCGGAAUUACCAGCCCAGUUAAGAAGGAAAAGGAGUGCAGCAUCUCAGACAACUACCGCCUCUUUAAAAAGACCAUGUAAGAAAUCCUCCCAACCCAAAUUCAUUCAACUGCUUUCUCGGGGCCUAACGCAGGCAAUCCAAACAGCACACAGAAUUAAGGCUUUCAUUGGGCAGAAGCCUGAGGACAGGAGAAAGCCAGAUCAUAGCAAAAACUAUUAUCCAAAACAAAAAGCCAGAGACUAUUGCUCACUAAGCGAUAUCAAAAGAGACAGGGUGCCAGCUGUCAAGCUAAGGCCAACAGACCCAACCACUAAGCAGGACAGCAUGUUGUGGGAAGAAACAGACCAGUUUAGAUCAGCUCAACAACCCAAAAGAGAGAGCUCUUUCCAAGCGCCCAGGCUCAUAGUUUCCCAAAGAAGUGCCACUUUCAAAAGCACCACAAUCAGACAACCGUUGGGUACCGUUCAAAAUGACAGUAGCAGCAGACCUAAGAUAAACUUCUACAGAAAAGAAAUCUCUAACCAGGAGUCCAAGAACUCCAAAACAAGAACCAGAGUUCAGGCGCGAGGGAGAACCCUGCAUGGUUCCUCUAUGAAGAGAACCUCACGCAGUCACUUUAAAGAGAAACUCAUACGUAAGAAACAAAACCACCACAGCUUUUGUAGGGAAACAACCUGUAAUUCCUCUGAGAAGAGCCGUUGCACUCCCUCUGAGAGGAGCCAUCAAAGUCCUUCUGAGAGGAGCCAUUGCAGUUCCUCUGAGAGGAGCCAUCGAAGCCCCUCUGAGAGGAGAUGGCGCAGUCCCUCUGAGAGGAGAUGUCGAAGUUCCUCUGAGAAAAGCCGUCGCAGUCUGUCUCCGAGGAGAGGACACACUCUUUCUGAGAGAAGACAGCACGGGCCCUCUGAAAGUAGCCAACACAGUCUGCUGGAGAAAACCCACAGAAGUCCCUCUGAGAGAACCGAUCAUAGUCUCUCUAAGGAGCGACACCAGCACAGCUCCCCUAGGGAGAGGCCCAGACAUCAUUUGUCUCAAGAUUUUGAGAGUCACUCCAACCUGUCUCCUAGGGACCACCCACAAAAACCCCAAAGCUGGGCAAGUUUGGAGCCCUGAAGCUAAACAGAUGAGAAGAGUCCCGCCCCCAUUAUUCAUGUAUUUGCUCAAGUCUUCAACGAGCUGCGCUUUCCUGGCUUCUUUCCUCCUCUGCCACAGCCUCCAAUUCUUGCGCCCUCAGCAAUGAAAGAGCUUCUCUGUCUCGUCUACCUGGGGGGAAGCGAGGGCGGGAAUGGGCCUGUACUUUG